UGAUUUAAGCAAAAAUCCGAUUGAAGCAAGAGUAUUUUUUCUUGUCGAUGUUUUUAAGAGUCUGGACUCUAGAUCCAAUGUGCUUUUUUCCAGUGAUGCAGGCAAAUGCAAAAUUGAUUUUAUUUCAGAGUGGUGUCUCCGAAUGGAGACAGGUGCAGUGCAAUCCUUCACCGGCCUUCACCGCCGCCGCCACCUCUCAUUGCCCCACCACGCAUCAAUCACUUACUAAACCCCACAUGGCGGACCAACCGCUUGCUCCUGGCCCAUGAUCACUGAUUGGUUAGGGACGGUCGCCAAGUAUGGACCGGUCGGUGAUGCGAAGGCCAAUGAGAAGCGCCACCGUCGCGGGCGAUGCAGCGUCGCGUCACUAUUGGCUGCCACAGCGUUGCCCUGCACCUGUCGCCAAGUAACCAUACAGAUUUUGUAUUUCAAAGCACAUUCAUUAUCAAGGGGAAAUAUUAGUAACAUAAUAGCUCCUCAGAAUCUCAUCUUCUAAUCAUGCGGAAUGGAAAUAUGAGCAAAUGAAUGAAAUUAAAAGGAAUUGCGUGCACAGGAUUGGGGUGCUCUAUACCUAGCUCCUUUUCAUUUAAUUCAUCUGUGCACAGUUCUUUUUGGCAUAAAUACGUCCAUUUCACUGAUAUUUUACAAAGUGAAAAAGAAACUAGUGCUUUUCUAUCCACUAAAAAUCCAACAUUAUAUUUUUUAACCGAAAAAUGUAUUUCAAGAAUAAAAAUUAAUGGUCUGAAUCCUUGAAAAUGUUUAAUCUUAUCAUACAACUCUGCGUACUCAUAAUAGUUCCAGCAAUAGCAAUUGUUCCCCGAUGGGAAUAAAGAGCUCGAAAUGAAUCCUAAAAUUCAUACACCUGUAAAUUUUUAUCACGGCGAGUGGGUCAUGUAAUACCAAGUCCACUUAAUUAAGAUUAGGGGUACGCUGUUGGAGUUGACGCAAGAACCAGAUCGAUCUUGUCAAACUGGGACAUUGUGACAGUUUAUGUAGCAUGACAACACAUCAAAAAGCAAUGUAAUACAUGGCAUGGAUAUGUGGCUGUGUCUUGCAUUGCCUUAUCUUACCGAUGUAACAAGAUUGUAUACUUUCAACAAUCGCAAUCGGCCCGCUAGUUAUCUCAUUUUAUGCACAAAAUUAUAUGAGCUCGAUGAGCAAACACAAACUUUGGCAUUGAAUAUUCCAGCUGAUAUGCUCAAUUUCUUCUCAGUCUUCCACCAGAGUGUUCUAACUAGUGCAAGUAAUUACAUGAUACUUCUUACAAGUAAGAGUCUACUUGUGUACCGAUUUUCAUAAUUUUAAAUAUUGUUUCCACGCGAGAAGGCACUAUAGACGUCAAAGUGAAAUUGAAUAAUUUGGUUUCAGGCUGAAACAUGCAAUUCGAAGGAAAAGUAGUUCUUGUGACAGGAGCGAGCAGUGGUAUUGGUGCGGCAACUGCUAAACUGUUCGCCAAAUAUGGCGCCUCACUUGCCAUCACCGGAAGAAAUUAUGCAAACCUUAGAAAAACGGCUGAAGAAUGCAACAUACACGGUAAAAAGGACCCAUUUCUGAUCAAGGCAGACUUGACGAAUGAGACUGAAACCAAAAGGUUGCUCGAAAUUGUUUUGCUACACUUUAACCACCUGGACAUUCUCAUUAAUAACGCCGGAAUCGUCGAGCUUGGCGCCAUUGAAAACACGUCACUUGAACAGUAUGACAGGAUAUUCAACACAAACGUGAGGGCUGUGUACCAUCUGACAAUGUUAGCAACACCGCACAUUAUUGCAAGAAAAGGUGCGAUUGUAAACGUUUCAAGUGUAGCUGCUUUACAAUCUUACGUGGGCACCCUCGCGUACAACAUGUCAAAAUCAGCCAUUGAUCAGUUCACUCGCUGCGUAGCGCUGGAGCUCGCACCAAAAGGCGUCCGAGUAAAUUCGGUGAAUCCUGGCGCUGUUCUGACGGAAAUGCAAAAGCGCGGUGGUAUGGCAGGAGGAGAUGGCGCUUUGGAGCAGUACGUGGAACGGUCGAAAAAAGCACAUCCGCUGGGACGUCUCGGAACCACUGAGGAAGUUGCAAAGGCAAUAGUUUUCCUUGCCAGUGAAGAUGCUAGUUUUUCAACGGGCGUAAACUUUCCUGUGGAUGGAGGAAGGUAUGUUCUGGGCUCCACUGGUAUCUCGAUGUGAUCUCAAUAUCAAUAAAUGUAUGUAUGAAAUUUUG